AUGGCUGAGGUCUACGGUGAUUGGGAUGACUCGUAUGCUUUACUCCCUCGACUAAUGUCCGCAAUGGAGGAGUCCAACCCUGGGACGGUUUUCGUGCCGUGGUACAACAACGUGCAAACUGAAGAUCAAGUUCGAGUACAGAACGAGUUGAUGUUUCAUCGUCUGUUCUGGACAUUCAAGCCAUGCAUUGACGGGUUUCCCUUCUGCAUGCCAGUGAUUCAGGUUGAUGGAACUUUCCUUACUGGAAAGUAUAAAGGAACUCUUCUCAUUGCAACUGGGGUUGAUGGAAAUUUAAGUAUUUUCCCCUUAGCAUUUGCAUUAGUUGAAGGGGAGAACAACUUAAGUUGGGCAUGGUUCUUUGACCAACUACACGCCCACGUCACACAAAUAAUAGGUAUUACAAUUAUAUCGGAUCGACAUGCCGGGAUUAAACACGCCGUCAAUGGUUUUCUCGACCAAUGGGGAUGGACAUGGCGCUGGUGUAUUCGUCACUUCCUUGCCAAUUUCCAACACAAAUUUGGCAAGAAGAAAGACAUAAGAGAUCAAUUGUGGAGUGCAGCGGUUGCACAUCAACCAAAGAAGUACGAGCAGAAGAUGAAGACGAUCCGUCAGAUACACCAGGCGGGAGCAAUAUGGGCAGAAGGUCAAGAUCUGCACAUGUGGACAUUUCACAUGGACAACGGGGCUAGAUUCGGCAUUGCAACUACCAACCAUGGCGAGAGCAUAAAUGGAGUCUACAAGGGCAUUAGGGCAAUGCCUGUAUCUGUCCUAGUGGAGGUGACAUACUGGAAGGUAAACGAGUGGUUUGUGAAAAGACGGGAUCUCUCUAUAGAGAGGGAGCGUGCUGGUCAUUCAAUAGCACGUCAUAUAUUUGAUGGCAUGCAGAAGAUCAAGGAGAAAUCAAGUAAGCACAGAGUUGUUCUGUUCAACCGCAAUGAAGGUAUUUUUGCUGUGCAAACAGGUAUAUGGGGUGGAGGAAGACGUGGGCAUAAUCGUCAAUCCGUUACUCUACACGUAGAAACUCGCACCGGAGAGUGUACAUGCCAAAAGUAUCAAAACAGAAGAGUACCUUGUUCACAUGCAAUGGCAGUAGCUAAGUCGAUAACCCUCAACGCUUACAGUUUGGUUAGUCCUUACUACACGGAACAGGCGAUCAGGAACUCCUACUCGUCAAGUUUCAGCCCCCUACCGGAUGAAGCUUAUUGGCCUGUAGACAAUGGGAAGUUGAUUAUACCACCGUUGCACUUAAAGCGCACCAAAGGUCGUCCUAGGACCGAAAGGAUUCACAAUGAAAUGGAUCAAUCACAACGUGCCCGACGAGGUCCAAAGCGUUGCUCAAAGUGCAGACAACCGGGUCAUGACAAGAGGCGUUGUCCAGGUCCACCUCUAGAGCAAGAUUCGGGGCCAAGUACAAACCAACCUUGA